AUGGCGGCGGUAAUUCCUAGCGCGGGAUACAAGCCGCAUCCCACCGAAAUGAUGAAGGCGGCACAGUGGAUGGGUACACGAGAUGUUGAAGUGGGAGUCGUCCCCAAGCCCAAGAUCACCGAGCCCAGCGACGCCAUCGUCCAAAUCACCCACUGCACGAUCUCCGGCUCAGACAUACAUCUCUACGAGGGCAAGAUGAAGGACGCAAUGGAAAAAGGCGACAUCCUGGGCCAAGAAGCCAUCGGCUUUGUAGAAGAAGUCGGGCCCAAUGUCAAAACCCUCAAACCCGGUGACCGGGUUAUAAUCCUACCUGUCAUCUCAUGCGGCAGCUGCGAGUAUUGCCGGCGACAGGAGUACUCGCUCUGCGACAAGACAAACCCAUCCAAGGAAAUGGAAGCCGCGUACGGCCACCGAGUCAGCGGGAAGCUGGGCUACAGUCGGCUGUGUGGCGGGUAUCCAGGUGACCAGGCGGAGUACUGCCGGGUUCCGCAUGCAGACUUAUCGUGUGUCAAGGCGCCGGAGCAUAUCGAUGCGCGGAAAUUACUUGGUUUGACGAACGUCAUGACUACGGCUUGGCAUGCGCUGGAGCUGGCUGAGGUGCAGCAUGAGGAUGUGGUUGGUGUAUGGGGUUGUGGGCCUAUCGGGCUGGCUGUACAGCGACUGGCGAAGCUCCGUGGGGCUAAGAAGGUCUAUGCUAUGGAUAAGGAUGCGCGGCGACUGCGGAUUGCGGAGGAUUUUGGCAUGACUCCUGUUGAUGUGGAUGCUCAUCCGGAUGUGGCUGAGUACAUUCUGUCAAUUCAGGACAAUGGGCUUGAUCGGUCUAUUGAGGCUAGUGGGUAUCGUAGUUCGCAGAAUGCUGAGUUCCCGGCUAUGCGAGCGAUUGGGCUCGAGAAUGAUAGUAGCGAUACACUAGCGGCCAUCAUCAAGGCGACCCGUAAGGGUGGUAAUGUGACGUUGGUUGGGGACUUCUUUUUCACGACGCAGGAUUUCCCCAUCGGGCCUUUGAUGCAGAAAGCGCUGACCGUGCGUGGCAGUCAAACGUGGCCGCAAAAGGUAUGGGUUCUUUUCUUCCGGUUUGAAUUGAUAGCUUACCAGAUGCAGUACUAUCCGUUCUUAAUGGAUCUGGUAGUGAAAGGUACACUAGAUCCAUCGUGGAUGUUCACGUAUGUUGAUGAAUUCGAGAAUAUCGCGGACAUGUACCAGAAAUUCUCGCAGCAUGAGGUCCCAGGCAGACUGAAAGUGUGUUUAGUCACAGCCUUUGGACGUAGCCAACAGAUGCAAUCCCCCAGUGACCUGCCAGUCGAUGUCCGGGGCAACGAUGCCUAA